GAUGCCACUGGGGCUGAGGGGCAGGAAGAAAGACAAGUCCAAGGAGACUUCCAUGCUGGUGGAGGCUGAGGCUGUCGUGGCGGGAGGGAGAGGCGACGAGGCCGCCGCCGCCGCCGCCUCCCCACCCGCUCAGGUUCCUAUCCGGCUCCUCUUCCACACGCAGCUGGCGCACGGCAGCCCCACGGGGCGCGUGGAAGGCUUCGCCAGCGUCCGAGAGCUGUACGCCAAGAUAGCAGAGGCCUUCCACAUUGCUCCGACGGAGAUCAUAUUUUGUACUCUGAAUACACACAAAAUAGAUAUGGACAAGCUAUUGGGAGUGCAGAUUGGCCUGGAAGAUUUCAUAUUUGCUCAUGUGAAAGGAGUGAAGAAGGAAGUAGAGGUUUUCAAAUCUGAAGAUUCUCUUGGGCUUACUAUUACUGAUAAUGGAAAUGGAUGUGCUUUCAUAAAGAGAAUUAAAGCAGGCAGCCUUAUUGAUCAAAUAAAAGUGAUAUGUGUUGGUGAUCACAUAGAAUCUAUAAAUGGAAAAACUGUAGUGGGCUGUCGUCAUUAUGAAGUUGCUAAGAAUUUAAAGGACUUGGAGAAGGGUCAGACAUUUAUGCUAAAACUGAUAGAACCACUGAAAUCCUUUGAUAUGAUUGAACCAAGGUCCAAAGGUGGAAGUUUUGCUGAGGGAAAAAUCGUCAGAGGAAAAGAGACUCUUCGACUGAGAUCGAAAGGCCCUGCAACAGUGGAAGAAAUGCCUUCAGAUAUUGAAGAAAAAGCUGUUAAAAAGGUGGAUGAUCUUCUGGAAAUGUACAUGGGAAUAAGAGACCUUGAACUAGCUGCAACAAUGGUAGAAGCUGGAAAAGGCAAGAACAACCCAGAUGAGUUUGCAGUUGCACUUGAUGAAGCUCUAGGCGAUUUUGCCUUUCCAGAUGAAUUUGUCUUUGAUGUAUGGGGAGCCAUAGGUGAUGCAAUGCAAGGACGGUUUUGAUGAGAAUUAGGCACAUUUAAGAUUAGUCACAAUGUUAAGUCUGGGGACUUAAAAUAUACCUGCUAUCUGCAUGGCAUGGUUUGUAAACAUGUCUGCUAAAUAGAAACAUCUGAUGUAUUUUAAGUUAAUAUGGAUUUCUUUGCAAAUUGAUUUGGGUUCAAGAUUUUACUCAUAAGAGGCUUUUAAGCUGAUAUGACAUUUAAUUUGAAUUGCAGUCAUUGGAAAUCUUUAUUUUUUAAAUUAUUCUUUGGGCACUUGUUUUGCACAUUUACUUUUCUUAAUUUAACAUAAAGGGCAUGUUGAAAAUCCAAUGAAAAUGGACUGUAUUCAUAAUGAAAAGAUUAUUGCCAGUAGUAGUUGAAGCAAAAUAGUGUUGAUGAAAUGAUUUGCUAACCAACGUCUGCCUUUUCUUCUUUCCUGCACAAUGACUGGUAGUUUGUUCAAGCACUUUUUCUUUAAGCAACUCCUUGCUGUGCAGCCCAAUGCAUGUUUACUAUUAAAGGGGGCUUUUUCCCAGGUGAGAGUGCAGAGGAUUAGAAACAUAUGCUUCAGCUCAAAUAGAAGCAGCCAGGGUUGAGGGGAGGAACUUCUGCUUUGAACAUCCUUGCACAUAAUUGGUUCAAUGCAUAGCAUAUUUCAAAGCAAAGGCUGUGAAUGUCUGAUAGGUACUGCCAGUCAGGGUAGAAAGGAGUGAACUAAAUGAACAGUUAGUCUGGUUUAGUAUUAGGCAAUUCAUCUUUUAAAAUUUAUGGUGUUACAUAACCACUAGGUACAGGAAACAACAGUUUCUGAUGGCGUUGCUACAGAUAAUAGUCUCGAACUCUGGAAAAUUCCCAAAAUGAUUGUUAUAUUCACUUUUGCACUUUUGAAGUCUAUAAAUCAUAAAUACAGACUAGGUAUAACUUUUUAUUUGUAUUCUGGUUUGUCUUUUGUACUAAUGUCAUUUAUAAAUAACACAUUCCAGACUGAAUAGCAUUAUUUGUGUCGUUUGGAAAAUGUCUAUGUACUGUUAGAGAGACUUAAAUUAUUGUAUUUAAAACAAACAAAAAAAUCUGGAAACACUCCAUGUUCAAAGUUCCUGAAGUUUUCUUGUAACUGAUUACUAAAAAUUUUGUUUAAUGCUUCAUCUGUGGUUUGGAACAUUGUAGUGUAAUUAGUUCUCAACUAUGCAAUGUAGGCUACAAUGGAAAUAUAAAAAACUGGUAAUUAACUAGUUCUUUGAUGCAGUUCAUUAUGAACUGAUCUUAUGAAAACCAUUUUGAAAUGAAAAAUAUGAAACAGCAUAUUUUUAAACAUUAUUCCCAGUUAUUUUAAUGAUGCAAGUACAGGAAGCAUUCUGUGGGACUUCUUAGUAAGUGAUUUAGAUUAUUAUAGUCUUAUUGUUGCAUGAAAGCAUGUCAGUUUUUCUAAAAAAGUACAAGUGUAACUAUUUAUUGAUGUGUUGAUGUCACAGUAACAAUGUACAGUUUAAGUUUUAGCAUUUGAUUUUUAAAGCAAUUUUUGUAAAUCUUGGAUUAUGCAGGUUUUUAAUGUGCCAAUAAUUAAUCAAAGCAGAAAUGAGAUUAAAUGGGAUAAUUCUCAGUUAGAUAGUGUUUCACUGGAACAUCUUCUGUUUGAAACUAUGCAAGCUUUUGAGUUAUGCACUUCUCUUCAUCAAAUAGAAUGAAAAGACUGCUAAAUCUUAGCAGUGUACUGAACAAGAAUGUUUACUAAUUGGAACAGUUUAGCCUCUUCAAAAGUUGAUCUUCAAAUAAAAUUUUGUGACUAA